GAUUUACGUAGUUACGUCACUAAUCCGGAAGCGGCCAAUGUCAGAGUUCUGUACGGGUCACGCUGCUUUUAUAGAGGAGUCUGAGCUGCAACAAGACUUACCAUGUUGCAGUGAGUGGAUUGGAGCUGAAACACAGGGAGGAUGACAUGAUAUGAUUGGCAGCUGACUCUGAGCUAUUCACCAUAAAACACAGGUCCAUCCAAUUUGAAAAAAAAAACAAGAUCAACAUAAAUACUUUUUUACUUCAGCUAUGGCGCUUGCUGCAGUUUCGUCAGCUUACCAAGUAUUCAGAGGAACAACUGGAAUUUUCACUAGUCAGUCUGCAUCAUUACUGUUGAGAGCCCCUGCUUUGUGUGCUUGUAUCCUGAAUAGACAGAAAAUGACUUCAAAAAGAAAAACUGAUCACUUGGAGAGGACAGCCAAUACCUACAGACAAGAAAUUAUUUCUCCUGCAAAAGUCUGUGGAAUCACCAAUGAGUCUGCAACCGUCAAGAGAGUACAACUUGCUGUAGCCAACCAUGAAUUUACUUUUAAAGCAGGACAAUGGGUAGACUUUUUUAUACCUGGUGUUCCUAAAGUCGGAGGGUUUUCUAUCUGUUCAAGUCCUGGACUUCUAGAAAGAGAAGGGGUAUUAGAACUUGCUGUAAAGUACAAUCUCCAUCCUCCUGCUCACUGGGUCCAUACACAGUGUUCUCUUGGCUCGGAAGUAGCUUUACGUGUUGGAGGGGAGUUCUUCUUUGAUCCCCAACCAUCUGACCUCCCAGUGGAUCUGGUCUUAAUAGCUGGUGGUGUAGGAAUCAAUCCUUUGUUUUCCAUUCUCUUGCAUGUUGCAGACCUUCACAAGGCUUGGGAAAGCACAGGGAGAGGCAUCCGAACUGGCAAUGUAAAAUUAUAUUAUUGUGCCAAAGACACUAGUGAGCUGCUGUUCAAGGACAAUAUUCUAAAUUUAGUAAACAGUUUUCCUGGAAAGCUUACGUGUAGUUUCCAUGUCACUCAACAGAGUUCACCAAUUUGUUUGGAACUCCAGCCAUUUAUCACUGAGGGAAGAAUCUCCGAACAUGAUCUAGCAAAAUCAGUGUCCAGUAAUCAUCUUUGUUACAUUUGUGGACCACCUCCAAUGAUAGAAUCCAUGUGCAAGCAACUUGAAGCACUCCAUGUACCAAGAGAGCAGAUCUACUUUGAAAAAUGGUGGUAGCGCUACUAUACAAUAUACCAGAAGGAACCAAAAACUGUUGCAAUCUCAAGAUUUUUUUGUUCUCCUGUGACCUAUAGAAGAAAAUAAAAACAGGACAGUGGAACAAAACAAUUUGUAACAUCCUCUGUAGUGUAAAGCAAAGCCUUUUGUUCCAGAGACUGAGGAAAUGAAAAUGUUAUGUCAUACAUUUUAGGAUCAAAUCAAGCUGUGCUUUUAUAUUUAAUACUUGAAAUAGCAAUAUUGUAAUAAUUUUAUUUAAAUACAAAAUGUUGACACUA